AUGUAUAGUGAACGUGUGGUGGAUCAAUGUACACAGAUGCGGCCUGCGAUCGUAGGGCAUAGAUCGGCUAUGGAAAAUGGGGAAUCCAUCGAGGAUGAUGUGGAUAGCUCGACGGAAGCUUUCGAGCAGAGUACGUUAAGCAUAAAGUCACAAACCAAAGGCAUUGUACAAGAUAUCUGGCAACGUCCAAUGCGCCGUCCACUUCCUUCAGAAAAUCAAGUGGAGCUAUGCUUUGAGAUUCCAUUCGCCCGCGUCCUUCCGUUGGCUUCUUCAGGUGAUGGAAUUUCGGUUGCCUCUAACGCCAGCAAGAAGUAUGUGAUAUAUGAAGUAAAUAUUCGCAAAGAUGGCCCCGGUCCGGACCCGCAUCCGACAAGUAUAGAACGACGCUACACUCACUUUUUGAAGCUGUAUGAUGGGCUACGAAAGGAUCAUCAAGCGCACCUGGCCACGGUUAGCUUCCCGAAAAAAGUUCUAAUGGGCAAUUUCACCGCAGAGCUAAUAGGCGAACGAAGUGCUGCUUUUGAGAAUUUCCUGGACUACAUCGUGACCGUGCCUUUGCUACGUGAUACGGAGCACUUUUUGGAGUUCUUGCAAGGGGAAGAAUUGCGAAACGCGUGUCAAUUACUGGACGAACGACGAAACGAACUGGCCGUACCACUGUUGGAGAAUUGUUUUCGUUUGAUGAACAAAAUUUUCCUAGACAAAUCCAAGUGCGUACUGUUAUUGCUGUGUCGACUUGUAGCAGCAUGUACUACGUCACCGAUCCCACAUCCAUCGGCAGAACAAUGGGCAGAGCUGGCUUUGCGGCGCUAUGAACACGUGUGCGAUACGGAGCUUCUGGUACUGUAUAUUCCACUUUUACAAACAUGCCUUCACCUGUGGUGGCAGCGGGGUCGUGAUCGUAGCUUAUUGGAGGAACGUCUGAACGAGAUGGGCAAAAAGGGUAUCAAAGUUAAGGGAGGUCCGACGCUGGCACAAGCUAUUCAUGCCUUAGAUCCACGUGCAGAGACUAUCUAAGUAAAGAGAGCAUGAAAUCUCCAUGAGAAAUAAGGUAACGAACCAUCACAAGUGCAACAAAUUGAAAUCACAAGCUGAAAGACUUCGUUUUUAAUCAUAUUUGCUAUUUUAAAGUGAGCGUUUUUUUAAAUUAUAAAUGAAUUUUAUUAAAUGUAAAAUUACGUUAGGUUUCCAUGGGGAAAACAUUAAGUAGGUGCUAGAGCGUUUAUUGCCAUGGGU